AUGAAGACCACUCAGAUUAUGAUGUUGGCAGUCGCUGCCCUAGGUUUCAGCUCCGAAGUUUUCGCUCAGGGCAACAAAUUCGGUGGCAAUGGAGGAAACAAGGGUGGCAACACUGGCGGCAACACUGGUGGAAAUACUGGUGGUAACACUGGUGGUAACAACGGCGGCAAUACCGGUGGCAACAAUGGAGGAAACACCGGUGGCAACAACGGCGGCAACAACGGCGGUAACAAUGGGGGAAACAAUGGAGGGAACACUGGAGGUAACAACCUCGCAUUGAACCCCAACAACGUUCAGACUGGCAGUCAGUUCGUGGGAAACCUCAGCGAAGCUGGUACUGCACCAUCGAAAACUGACCAAGCCAACUUCAUCAACGUCUGUACUGGCAAGACAUUAACCAACGGCAAACAAGUGACUGGUGGAUCCUGUAACGGUGUCACCAUGGGUGAUAUCCCCUCAAACCAGAACAUGAUCUCGGCUAUUGUCCAAUUCCCCGGUCCUGGACAGGACCUUCAAGCCAACUCGCCAUUCACAGUCAAAGUGCAACUUCAAAACUUGGUGGCUGGAUCUUUCACCGAUGCUCAGGGCACAUACUACUCUGCUCCUCAGGCUCUACAGGGAGGCAAUGUUGUCGGCCACUGUCACGUCACCAUUCAGGAUCUCGGUGGUUCCCUGUCUCCUCAGCAACCGCCCGACCCGAAGACGUUCAACUUCUUCAAGGGCAUCAAUGAUAACGGCAACGGUCAAGGUUUGCUCUCUGCUGCUGUCGCUUCUGGCCUGCCUGCAGGUUUCUAUCGUGUUUGCACAAUGAACAGUGCCUCCAACCACCAGCCUGUGCUGAUGCCUGUUGCUCAACGUGGUGCUCAAGAUGAUUGCCAGAAGUUCACUGUCGGCCAAGGCAACGGCGGCAACAACGGUAACAAUGGCAACAACGGAGGCAACAACGGUGGUAACACUGGCAAUGCCGGCAAUAACAGCGGUAACGCUGGUGGAAACACUGGCAACAACGGCGGCAACGCUGGAGGCAACGGUGGUAACGCUGGCAAUGGUGGUAACACUGGUGGCAACAACGGAACAUCUGGACAAGGAGCCAACGCCGGUGGCAACAAUGGUGGCAACACCGGAGGCAACACUGGAGGCAACGGAGGUGGUAACGGCUUCAGAGGUGGCCGUGGCCGUGGCCGAUUCGGACGAGGAAGAUUCGCAGCACGAGACUUUAUCCAAUAG